GAAGACGUCAAUUCAUUAUGUGCAGAAGAUAAAUUCCAGAUGUGAACAGAUUUCUGCAGCAAAUAAUAAAUUUAAAAAGAUAAGCAAGAAAGAUGAUACAAAUGAGAAACUAGGAAUAAUCCAUGCAAGAAAGAAGAAAAUAGUUGUUGGUGUUCGUCAGCAACAACGACGAAUAAAAUUUGCCGUUAAAGAAAUGGAAGAACAACUGUUUCAAGAUUGUCGAGCACUGCCACAAUCUGCUACUCAUGAUUCCAACAUCAGUGAUUCAGAUCGUGUUGUUGUCCAACCUUGUUUGGAGUAUCCUGCAGAUGAAUCAACCAUGGAAGACAAUGCGAAUGAUGUUGACGAAACAAAUAAUGCUGCUAGUCCUGAAAAUGUGUCAUCUUCUGAUUACGCUGAGGCAAUAGAUGCAAUUGGUGUAGUGACACAGAUUCUUACAUUGAACUGUAUGACAACUAUGACAACAAAAGGGAAAGCUGUGAAUACGAACGAGAUACUGUCAAUGAUGCCACGCUUGCCGAUGAAGACACUUUUGAUGUAGAAGACGACUCAUUGGAAAAAGAAAAAAGAAAAGAAGCUGUGACAAAGAGUUCUAUAGCAGAAUGGGUGAUUGAAUGCAACAUUCCAAGAUGUCACGUCAGCAACCUCCUUCGAAGACUGAAAUUAGACUGCGGCCUAUCAUUUCUACCACUGGAUAGCCAAAAAAAAAAGAAA